AAAAGUGCUGCAGUCAAUGACUCGGCUGGGCUGCUUGUGGAGUGCAUCCAUGGUUUGUGUGACAGCAACAGAAGCUGCAGAGGUACAGAUGGGAAGCAGACAGGCACUGGUCCAGUGUGAGCAAUGGUCUGCCUCUGACUGAGCUGCCUCCCAAAAGCUGGGGACUUUUCAAGAAAGCACAUUUUACAGCCCAGACUGCUUGGACUUAGUAAGAACCCCUGCUUAUAUCUUAGAAGCUUUUAUCCCUAUUGAAUUAGGAUGGCGGAGGCUGAGUUGCACAGGGAACGCCUGCAAGCCAUAGCAGAAAAAAGAAAACGACAGGCUGCAAUUGAGGACAAAAGACAGCAGCUAGAAGACCAAAUUCUUCAACUGCAGCACCUAAAGUCAAAACUGCUUAGAGAAAAAUGGCUGAUGCAAGGAGUACCAGCUAGUUCACUAGAAGAAGAAGAAGCCAGAAAUAGGCAAUGUGAAGAGGAUGAUCAGAAAUUAAAGAUACAUGAAGAAAAUGUCCAAAGAUUGGAGCAGGAUAUCGAACAACUAGAAAGUGAGGAGUCAUUAAUAUCUGCCAAAGAACAAAUCCUAAGAGAAAAGUUAAAAGAGACUGAAGUAUCCUUUCUAGAUUUACAAAAGAGCUUAAAGAAUCAAGAUAAAGAUGCAGUGAACUAUAUCUACUCCCAGAUCCCUGACCUCACCAACAUUUACUCUCAUCAAGAAUCUCCACUAAUUUGUGACGGGACCACGAAGGUACCUGGCUCAAAGAAAAAGAUUGUGCAAUUUAGGGAUGUUGAAAAACCCGAAGAACAAGAGACAAGUAUUGUGCAAUUAACAAGACCACCAAUUCCAGAGGAUGAUAUUAAAUUGAAGAGGGACAAGGAACAAAUUAGUGCCAACCAUUCAAAACCUAUAGAUAUUGUCUUGACAAGCAACGAAACUAUGGAUUUUGAGGUGUCGGAGCCUAGAGGAGUGACUGUAGUCAGUUCAGAUCUUGUAGCUGACAAUCAGAGUAACCUACUCUCUACUGCUGCAAGCCAUAAUGGACUUAAGGACAGACACGAAUCCUUAGACAGCGAUGUUGCUAAAGAGAUACAAUACUUAGAUGAUGUGUUAGAAGCAAACUGUUGUGACGCUGCAGACAACCCCUUCAAUGGAUCGACUUCUCCAGAACCAACUGCUACUAUAACUGUUGAUGGCUCAAGUCCUUUUGUUAGCAUUAGCAAUGACUGUUUCGCUCCAGAAAUGGAUAUUAUAGUAGUGGAUCGUAAACCUCUCCCAGUUGUAGAAAUUGAUAAAUCCACAGAAAGCGUGGAAUCAAUUAAAAUUAAUGGACAUUCUAGAGAGGAGUUGAAAGAUGAUCACGCUGAUAUAUUUACAUACCCUGCCAGCCCAAAUUCCUCAAAUAGUUCACGGAGGUCAUCAAAAGAUGGAGAGAAUAUUCCAAAGGUCAUUAAAAAAGAAGCAAAGUUUGAACUUCGUGCAUUCCAUGAGGAAAAAAAGCCAUCAAAACUUUUUGAGGAUUUCAAUGAGAAGGAACAUAUAAGAGUAAGAAAAGUCAGACCAUCAGAGGAAGUUGUAGAACUGGAAAAGGAGAGAAUUGAGCUUAUUAAAAGCCAAGCUGUGAAGAAGAAUCCAGGUAUUGCAACCAAGUGGUGGAAUCCACCUCAAGAAAAAACAAUAGAGGAGCAGCUAGAUUCUGACCACCUGGAGUCCCAUCUGAAAUAUAAAGAGCGCAAACAAAAACAGCAGACCGUACCUUCCCCACCAAAUAAAAGUGUUUCUGUUUCACCCGUACCUUCAGAAACCUCUCCUACUGUGAAUAAGGAAGACGUUGUUACUGAACAAAUAGAUUUCUCAGCGGCAAGAAAACAGUUUUUAAACAUGGAAAAUACAAGCCAGACCAGCUUCAGAGCUCCACCAAAGAGAUCAGUUGCUUCCAACCUUUUUUCUGUGAAACCUUUCUAUAAAGUAAGCCAUGAUAACAAAGCUCAGUCAUCUGUCACACCAACGAAUCCAUUUAAUGAGUGUGAAACGGUCAAACCUGAUGACGUGUCACUAGUCAAAGCAGAAAAAGUUCUCUGUUCUUCUGAAGACCAGCAAAGGACCGACCAGACCCCUUUACCAAAGUCCUCAAGCGAACACUCUGGUGAGGCCUUGACAGAAGACCAUGAAUUUGUCAGUGCUUCAGCAAAAUUUACCGUUGUGAAGGAUGAUGAUCCUGACAUUUCAGAUCAGAUCAUUAAAUCUGUUAUAGUGUGUUCUAUACCUGAGGAGCUGGACUCUGGUUUAGAUGACUUAUCUUUAAAAUCUCAGGACACCACAGUUAUGGAGACACUUUCAAAUGAUUUCAGUAUGGACAAUAUUAGUGACAGUGGUGCAUCAAAUGAAACUAUUAAUACCCUGCAUGAACAUUCACUUGGUGACUUCUCACAGCCACACACACCUUUACAUGAGAAUGAUUACACAGUCGAGGGAGUGUCCAAGUCAUUUAGUGAUCAAGGCUUUUCUUCACCAUCUUCAAUGCAUGACUCUAUUGCUUCUGAGGAUCCGAUCGAAUAUCAGGCUGGUGUGUUAGUACAAAAUGUAAUUCAACAAGCUCUUUCUGAAAAAGCUGGGAUAAGAAACUACAGUAUACAAGAGCAUCCAGCAGUGCCCAACCAUGAAAGGAGGGAAGACUUCAAUGAACAGAAAGACAUAGUAAAAGAUGAUUCAAGGCCAUAUACUCCAGAGGGUCAAGAUGAAACCAUAUUUGAGCCACCUCAAAUUUCUUCACCGGUGCAACAAACAAGAGGUACGGCAGUAACACCAGAGGCUUCAGAGCAAGAGCCUCCAACUAAGCAACACAGAAUCCCUGAACCUUUGUCUAUACCUCCAGUAACUGAAGAAGAUCCCAUUGAAGAAACUAGGCAGGAGAGCUAUUUUAGCAAGUAUUCCCAAGCUGCUGAACUCAGAAGCACUGCUUCCAUUCUGGCAACACAAGAAUCCGAGGUAACAGUUGGCCCUUUUAAACUUAGAUCAAGGAAGCAGAGAACACUGUCAAUGAUUGAAGAGGAGAUCAGAGCUGCACAGGAGAGGGAGCAAGAGUUGAAGAAGCAGAGACAAAGGCAAAGCUUGCAAAGUCCAACAAGUCCAUCAAGCAAAAAUGUGCCUGUGAUGCCAACACGAACGGCGUCCUACAAAACUGCACCAGGCAAAAUCGAGAAAGUAAGGACUUCAUCUACAUCAAAAGCAGAAUGUUCCCCCACACCACCCGAAGUUCUGCUAGAAGAUGCUACUGGCUCCCAGCGUCCAAGAAACCUCAUGCAAACGCUUAUGGAUGAUUUUGAGACGCUUAAAAGCAAGAGGCGUGAUCGAGUGGAUGAAUCUACUUACACCAGUAAAUUACUGUCUUACAGAGUUACUACUGAGGUUCUUGAGGCAGUAAGAGUGAGCCGUAGAAAAAGUGCCCAGGCAUUGCGAUGGGAAGCAGGGAUAUACGCCAACCGUGAAGAAGAUGAAUAACCUUUUUGCAUUUAAGAUAUAGAAAACCAAAAAAAAAAACGAAUCCAUUAAUUGCAUAUUUAUUGAACAAUACACAGCCUCUGCAAUCCAUAUAGAGAUUACUCAGAACAUAAGAAAGAAGACAUGCUUGAAGUGACUGGCACUGGAGGCAGUGCCAGGCCCAGCUAAGCUUUGGACUCUCAGGAAAUGGAGAUGGAUCACUCACACAGGCUGCUCCUAAUAACAGGGCUCAGCAUGGACAAUGAACAAAGCCAAACAUGCAGUGCAAUUUUAAUUUUUUAAAUUGCAGCUUUUGAUCGCUUUUCAAAUUCUGUACCCUUGCCUUGCCCUGCCGUAUUUACAUGCAUGUUGGAAGCAGCACCAGUUUGACGAAAGAUUGGCCCUUUACAUGCAUUUGCAGGUUCAUUUACAUGCAGGGUGCUACAAAACAAUUUACAAUAUAUUUAACUCACAAUGCAGUAUUGGACAUGUUGCUUUUGACAAUACAUGGUUAUUAAGGGAGGUUUGAGGAAAUUUGGGGGGGGGGGGAGAAACAGUUCAUCUAUUUUUCUGAAAGACCAUUUGGCCCUUCAUUUGUCUGUAAAUAGAUUGACAUAAACUGCUUCUGUGGUAUUUUAUGUCAGAUAUGCCUAUAUUUCAAAAGGCCUACAUCAAUUUUGCAGACAUAUAUACUACAGUGGCCACUUUGAAGGUUCCAUAUUUAAAGCACAACACCAUAAUCAAGAACUGUAUGCAUGUUCACAUUUGUGGCUCUCAGGGACUAAAAGGUUAACCAGAUUUUGCUGUGUUUUUUUUUUUUGUUAAUGCAACCAUAAUUUAUAGCACAGAAAAGCGCAAACAAAGAAACGUAACCCAUUUUUCCUAAUUUUUCUGGUUACAUUUUAUUCUGCAUGGAUAUGCACAUUCAGAUGCAAUCAAUGGCACCUCUCAGUUAUCACCGUUUUGUUCAGAGGUAGCACUUUCUGAAACCUUGAUAGGGCUGAGGGUUCCCCAUAUUGGAUGUGUUUUUCACUAAAUACAAGUUGAAGGGAUGGAAAUCGUGGCUUAAAUGUGGCCUAGUUGCAAUUGUAAAAUGUAGGGAGAUAGAGGAUAGAUAUAUAUUCUGAUAGGUUUAUACACAAGACAAACUCCAGUACUAAAUCCAGAAGCACAUGCCAAUUUAAAUGACAUGAAGGAGAUGGAUAUACUGAAGUUCUUUUUUUCACUUCGCUCAGUGAAGCUGUAUCUACAUCAGCCAUUCAUUAAUGCGAUAGAAGUGUAUUCUUCCUGAAUACGAAUAUUUGUUCAAAGUGAGUACAGGUCCAUGUGGUUAAAGCCCUCUUCCUCCCUCCCAUUACUCCCACUUUUUCACCAGCUAUAUAAAAAAAAAGCUGGAUUGUUCUCGCCUACACCUGGCUUCUGUAGCCCAUUGAUGGCAUUGCUUCUAUAAGUGAUGACUGGUAAUCCAGUACUACUUUAAGUGAUGAUCAGUAAACCAGUGCUGCAGUCUCUCUAUCUGCACCGAUUGUUAAACUCAUCAUGGGGUCUUCUAGAAGAACCCUGCUGCUUAACAGCCAGUAGGAAGUGUCCACAUCACUACAUAGGACCCACCUCCUCUGCAUUUAAGAAGUCAGACUCCAGGCCCAGCGCCUCACAUAACAGAUUUGGGAAAGUAAGAGGACUUUUUUUAUUUAUUUUUUAUUUUUUAAACGUUGCAAUUGGUAGGGAGGCAAGAGGUGUGUAAUUGGAUUAAUGCCUGGAGUUUAGCUUCAAUUAAAAAAUGUACUCCUUUAGGUAAUCAUCCCAAUGAGAAUUCUUUCAAAAAUUAUUUUUGAUGUGCCAUUUUUCAAGCAUUGCGAGUCCAGUGAAAGUGUAAAUGUAUUACUAAAAUAUUUACAGUAAAUAACAUGGACAUUUGACAAAGCAAUACAUUUUUUUAAUUCUUACCAGUAUAUAGACAAUUGUAAGAGGAUAAGGUUUCCGAAUACAGUUAUAGCGACAUGCCCUGGUGAGAUAAAGCACUGUUGUCAGUCA